UAAUGAUUUCGAUGGGAAGAAAUAAUAUUCAGCAUCGAAGGAAUAACAACUGAAAUCAUCCCGUCCUGCAGCAUGCACCUAUGUGAAUGUGGAGAAUGACCAGCAAUGUCCAAGGGGUAGCAGCAGGGUAACACUGCAUGAGGCGGUGCCCCCUGAAGGAGCCCAAAACACUGCUCUUCAAAUGGAACACAUCCAACCUUCAGGUGACCGUGCAGGAUGUACCACUCUGGAACAUCAAGCCUCUCCCCACCUGCCAGCACAUGAAAAUAUUUCUACUUCUGACCAUCGAAGAGAAUGGAAAACCAUUUUCUAGAUCAGCCCUCAUACAUCCUCCUGAUGGCCUAACAACUGAAUGACAUGUCGAUGCUGAGUAUGAUCCAUUUCAAUCAUUUGAGGAAGCUCUCCCUGAUAUAGGGGAUUGGAUGUACAAUGACGGACAUACGUUUAAUGAAGGAUUUGAAGAUGGUUUGAGUGAGGAGUGUGCAGAAGAGUCCAAUUUCAAGGACACAACAGACAAACCAAUACAUGACAAUGCAUCAGAAACCAUGGCAGAGUGCCUUCUGAUCAGCAUGGGUUAUGUAAACUGCCCUAAAGUCACAGGUUGAACAUUCCACCCUUUGUGCCUGCCCGGACUGUGCUGGAAGGCCUCGAGUCAGAGGAUGCGUGUGAAGACAAGAAAGCUGUAAAAAAGGAGAUCCAUAGCAAAAAGGGAGCCAAAAAGGACAAAAUGGAAGAGGAGAAUACAGACCUGCUCAGACUUUGCCACACAGUACCGCUGGAGGUGGUGAACUUAGGUGGGAAAGGUUACGAUCCAGAGAAGAAAGACUACUCAGGUUUUGAGGCCUGGUUGCAGUGUUACUAUGUGGAUGGAAUGAAGUCUGUACGCGACCACAAUGGCAGGACUAUGUGGUUCAAAGGCGAUCCAGGUCCUAUGGCUCCUAAAGAAUCAAAGUCUCCAAAGGCCAAAAAGAGAAAAGAUACAGAUGCAGACCAUGAUUACCCCCGCAAGAAAAAGGUGUCCAGGAAACACAACUCUGACAGCACAGUGAAGAAAAAAGCAGCCAAAAAGCCCACAAAAGCAGCAAAGGAAGAAGAAAAUGGACCUCAAGAAGAAGCCACACCCAGAAGAAGAUCAGCAAACACACCUCAGCAAGAACCGAAAUCCACGUCAGGCAGGAGGAAAAAGAACAAUACAGAGCCAGCUGCAGGUCUGAUUCUAAUAAUACUCCCAUUUUCUGAAAAUAUUAAGAGCCUGAUCUUUGAGGAUCCAAUUCCCACACACUUAUCUGUGUGCGCAAACUAUAAAAUUGCAUGUACUGUUGGUGGACGUGUUGUAUGUGAUCUACUUUGUGCAAUUGAUAGCAGCAAAAGUGGCACAGAUCACCCUAUUUUUGUGUACUAGAAGCAUUAUGUGCCCUUGGAAACACUUCUUUCCCUCUACAUUCAUGUUAUUAUGCUCUCCACACUGGAGGGGGGCUUAUAUUAGAUUAUAGCACAUAUCGAUCAUCUAACACCUUUUCUGCAAUAUAGAAUCACAGUAUGUAUACUAUUUGCAGCAGGAAUGAUCAAACUGCAUAUUGCAAGACAUUUUUUUUUAGGAGUUAUACUAAAUACAAAAAAAAAAAACGCAACGCUUUUGUUCUUGUUCCCAAUUUAAAUGAACUCAAAGAUCGAAAACUUUGACUAUAAACACAAAAUACCUGUUCCUCUCAAAUAUUGUUCACAAAUCUGUAUACAUUUGUUAGUGAGCAUUUUUUCUUUGCCAAGAUAAUCCAUCCCACCUGACAGGUGUGCCUUGAGCUGUCCAAAAUAAAAGGCCACUGUGAAAUGUGCAGUUUUAUCACACAACACAAUGCUUCAGAUGUCGCAAGUUUUGAGGGAGCGUGCAGUAGGCAUGCUGACUGCAGCAAUGUCCACCAGAGCUGUUGCCCGUCAAUUAAAUGUUUAUUUCUCCGCCAUAAGAAUAGAAUAGAAUAGAAAGUACUUUAUUGAUCCCUGGGGGAAAUUCAGCACCACAGUUCGCUCACAAUAAACAAUGAUAAUAAUAAAUAAUAUAAUAUAUAUGAAUAAUACAAAUAUAUUCUACAUUUAAGUGCAGUCAAGGAACAUAUGCAUUAUACAGUCUGAUGGCUGUCGGUGUGAAGGACCUCCUGUGUCGUUCCGUGUUGCAUUUUGGGAGUCUGAGCCUUCCACUGAAGGUGCUCAUUCUCUCUGCAAGGUCCGAGUGUAGUGGGUGGGAGGUGUUGUCCAUAAUGGCUAGGAGUUUUGCUAGACUUCUCUCUGACACCACCGCCAGAGAGUCCAGCUCCACUCCCAUCUUGUUACUGGCCUUCUCUACCAACUUGUCCAGUCUGUAUGUGUCCCUCACUCUCAGCCCACUGCCCCAGCAGGCCACGGCGUACAAGAGGGCGCCUGCCACCAGCGACUCGUAGAACAUCUUCAACAUCUUUGUACAGACGUUGAAGGAUCCUAGCCUCCAAAGGAAAUAUAGAUUCGGCUCUGUCCCUUCUUGUAGAGGGCCUCAGCGUGUUUUGACCCAUUCAGCUUGUUGUCCAUGUGUACUCCGAGGUAUUUAUAAUCCUCUACCAUGUCCACAUCCACCCCCUUGAUGGAAAGAGGGGUCGCCAGAGUACUCCUCCUCCUUCCCAGGUCCACAACCAGCUCCUUGGUCUCCGUAACAUUGAGCUGGAGGUGGUUCUUUCCACACCAUGUGACAAAGUCCUCCACCAGUGUCCUGUAUUCCUCGUCAUCACCUUCCUCAAUACACCCCACUAUCGCAGAGUCAUCAGAAAACUUCUGAAGGUGGCAGGACUCUGACUGAUAGUGGAAAUGGGUGGUGUAAAUGGUGUAGAGGAAGGGGGAAGAGUACUGUAGCCUCCGGGGCCCCGGUGUUGCUGACCAGCCUGUCAGACACACAGUCCUGCAGUCGCAUAUACUGUGGUCUGUCAGUCAGGUAAUCUACAACCCAGGACACCAAGGGGGCCUCCACCUGCAUCUUCUCCAACUUCACACCCAGUAGCCCAGGCCGUUUAGUAUAAGCCGCCUCCAAAGGUGUUUCAGAGAAUUUGGCAAUACAUCCAACUGGCCUCACAGCCGCAGACCAUAUUGAUUGGCUGAGACCUGCCACCCGGACAGCUGCUACAACAAUUGGUUUGCUUAACCAUAGCAUUUCUGCACAAACUGUAAGAAACUACCAUGAAUUGAUUAACGUGGACCCCGACUUAAACAAGUUGAAAAACAUAUGGGGGUGUUACCAAUUAGUGGUCAAUUGUACGGAAUAUGUACUGAACUGUGCAAUCUACUAAUAAAAGUAUCAAUCAAUCAAUCUGUCUCAAGAAAGCUCAUCUGCAUGCUCGUGGUCCUCAUCGGGGUCUCGACCUAACUGCAGUUUGUCUUCUUAACCAACUUGAGUGGGCAAAUGCUCACACUCAAUGGCGUCUGGCACAAUACAGAGGUUUUGGUAUGUUAUUAUUGACAGCGAAACCAUGUGCAUUUUAUUGAUGGCAUUUUCCAUGCGCAGAGAUACCGUCACGAGACCCUGAGCCCCAUUGUUGUACUAAUCACCCGAGGCCAUCACCUUUAUAAAUAACAUUUACUAACUCAUGUUGCAAGGAUCUGGAAGCUAAAAACAUCCCAGUUCUUGCAUGACCAGCAUACUCACCGGACAUGUCACCCAGUAAGUAAUUUUUGAGAGGAAUAUAUAUUUUGUGUAUAGUAAAAGUUUCAGAUCUUUAAGUUCAAUUCAUGAUAAAUGGGAGCAAAAACAAAAGUGUUGCGUUUAUAUAUUUGUUCAAUACCAUAUUUUUCGGAGUAUAAGUCGCACCUGCCGAAAAUGCAUAAUAAAGAAGGAAAAAAAACAUACAAGUCGCACUGGAGUAUAAGUCGCAUUUUUGGGGGGAAAUUUAUUUGAUAAAAGCCAACACCGAGAAUAGACAUUUGAAAGGCAAUUUAAAAUAAAUCAAGAAUAGUGAAGAACAGGCUGAAUAAGUGUAGGUUAUAUGAGGCAUAAAUAAGCAACUGCUAUGUUAAGCUAACAUAUUAUGGUAAGAGUCAUUCAAAUAACUAGAACAUAUAGAACAUGUUAUACCUUUAACAAACUAUCUCUCACUCCUAAUCCAUAAAUCCCAUGAAAUCUUAUACGUCUAGUCUCUUACGUCAAUGAGAUAAAUAAUAUUGAUAUUUUACGGUAAUGUGUUAAUAAUUUCACACAUAAGUCGCUCCUGAAUAUAAGUUGCACCCCCGGCCAAACUAUGAAAAAAAAACUGCUACUUAUAGUCCGAAAAAUACGGUGCAUAUUUUCUAAAUCAAAAAAGGAAUACCAUUAAAAAACAACAUAAAUUAAUAGAAUUUGGUUUAAUCGGCCCUUUAAGUUGUCCAGCAGCUAUAAAAUGAUAUUGCUGAAUAUAUAUCUUCUUUUUAUUUCUAACAGUCCAAAUAUGACAUGCACACGUAGAACAAAGGCUUCUCUGUUCAGUUGUCUUUGCAGCGUGAUGGCCUCCUUUCUCACAGCCCUGUGUGCAACUAUGUCAGUUGUCUUUGCAGCGUGAUGGCCUCCUUUCUCACAGCCCUGUGUGCAACUAUGUCAGUUGUCUUUGCAGCGUGAUGGCCUCCUUUCUCACAGCCCUGUGUGCAACUAUGUCAGUUGUCUUUGCAGCGUGAUGGCCUCCUUUCUCACAGCCCUGUGUGCAACUAUGUCAGUUGUCUUUGCAGCGUGAUGGCCUCCUUUCUCACAGCCCUGUGUGCAACUAUGUCAGUUGUCUUUGCAGCGUGAUGGCCUCCUUUCUCACAGCCCUGUGUGCAACUAUGUCAGUUGUCUUUGCAGCGUGAUGGCCUCCUUUCUCACAGCCCUGUGUGCAACUAUGUCAGUUGUCUUUGCAGCGUGAUGGCCUCCUUUCUCACAGCCCUGUGUGCAACUAUGCCAGUUUGCACGCAGAUUUCAGACUUUUUAAGAGGCACGAUACUGCCUGCAGGACACUUUCAGCAUUGAUAAAUCUCACUGUUCAUGUUGAGUGAUUUGUAUUUGCAUUUUCUCCUCCCAGUAUUGUGGGCAUUCUGAUAAUCAACAUAUAUUCUGCAUACAUCAUUAAGACAAAUAUGUUAAAUGGAGGGAAUAAGCGGUAGCAAAUGGAUGGAUGGGAUGGAUUGCACUCCUUAUUUUGCUCAUUAAUCGACAAAUAUUUAGAUCAGCUUUGCGUGUGCUAACAAGUUUGCAUGUGUUUUGAUACACAUAAACCUUUUGUAGAUUAUACUGUAAGUGUGGUAAACUUACUUUUUGUUGCAGGCUUCAAGACACGUAGCGGGAGACUGACAAGACAGAAUGUCAAGUAAAGGACAUCUAUUGGAAAAUACUGUUUUUAUUCCAUGAUACAUAUUUUUAAUAAACAUUCCACACGUUUA